AUGCCGUACAAAAGUUUCCACCUGCUGGGAGAGCCCGUCGAAAGCGCAAGGGUAAUCGACCUUGACCCGACGCUGAAUCGCGAUGAACUACGAAACCUCAUUGCUGCGCAUUUUGCAAUCGUUCAGCCUAAUGGCAUCGGAUUCCAAUCUCAAGAUUCUAUCUUAUCUGACGUGGGAGAGCUGAUCGCGAGCGAAAAUCCGAUCAGCAUCACGAUAGAUGGAAAGCCAGUGCGAGAGAUUCCCGGUCCUUCGGGGCUUCCAAUCAUCGGAAAUUUCCUUGAGAUCUAUCCCGAUCAUCUGGGAAACCACCAACGUCUCUUCGAGCAAUAUGGCCCUAUCUUCAAGACCACGAAUAUGGGCCGCACCGUCUACCACACCAACGAUCCUGAACUCUCUGCAAUCAUCUUCGCGGAGACCGACUUCUUCACGAAGAAGAUCAAUGAUGCCCAUCCCCUCCGCUCCAUUAAAAACACCGAGGCAGGUGUUUUUCUGGCAGACACGGACACUCCGGAAUGGAGAGCGGCGCACAAAUUUCUUCCCCCGGCUCUAGGUCCCAAGGCCGUACGCCACUAUGCGCCAACCAUGCAGACAACCGUUGAAGAUGCUUUCAAUGUCUUUGACCAACUAGACGAGCAAGGUGAAGCCUGGAAUGUAUACCAGUACAUGCUUAAGUUGGGCUCCCAGGCCGUCGGGAAAUUGGUUCUGGGAAUUGACUUCCAGCAUUUCGCGUCCCCCGACGCACCUCCUCACGAACUGAUUUCCCUCAUCGCCGAGUCGCUCACGCUCAACAAGAAGGUGACCGCUCGAGGAGACUGGUAUGCCAAAUUGCCUUUCGGAGAUCCAAAGCGCCUGCAGACUAUCCGGGACCGCGUCUUUGUUAUUAUCGACGAGUCCAUUCAAAACGCCAGUCGCGGUGGUGUCGAGGAUCUCCCGUUGCAGGAUGCCGCAUUGAAGGCAAGCAAUAUGAUCGACUACGCCAUCCGUGCGACGGACAACAAGGGCGAAAAGCUCCCUAAGACAAGUCUCAUGCAGGCUCUACUCGUCGCCACGGGUGCCGGCUUCACCACCACCAGCUCCCUCCUCUCCUGGUUAAUCUACAGCAUUGUCACCUACCCGGGCAUCCAGGAACGUCUGCUCCAGGAACUCAUCGACAACGACAUCGACGAGAACACGCAGAUCACGGCCGAGCUCACCGAUCGUCUCCCUUUCAUGGACAAAUUGAUCAAGGAGACACAGCGCCGCCACAACCCCUCUUACCAGCCCGGCCGCACCGCUCGGGUUGACAUGGUCCUCCCGGGCGGUUACAAGCUGCCCGAAGAAUCCGUCGUCAUUGGCGCUCUGCACCACCUGCACAACAACCCGGACGUCUGGAGUAAUCCCAACCGCUUUGACCCGGACCGCUGGGACACGGAGGAGGUCAAGAACCGUCACAAGAGUGCGUAUAUCCCAUUCGCGACGGGCCCGCGCAUGUGUAUUGGGUUCAACUUCGCCCUGCAGGAGGUGAAGGUAUUCCUGCCGAAACUGGUGUACCGGUAUAAGUUCUUCAAGGAGAAUGACGGGCCCAUUGAAUAUGAUCCCAUGUUCCAGCUGAUUCGACCGAACAAUCUAUAUGUUCGCGCUGAAAGGCGCGUCAAGUGGCCGCCUAAGACGGAGUCGGCACCUAUGGCUUCGCUAUGA